ACAGAUUUGCACGUUUUGCAAUCGAUUUUUGCCUAGCUGUCAAUUCAUCACUUCCAUCUCUUCCAAGGUAUUCUUCAGCGGUUUGAGUUUAAUGUAGGCCACUUUCAGACCAGUGCCGUUACCCUCGUUUACUGUUACACAGUUACGUCUAUUCUGACUCUCAGCAAUGCUGCGAUUUAUUUUCACCGAAAUGUCUUGAUAAUCGUUUAAAACAGUGUUAAAACCAGUGUGCCAAAAAUUAAAAAUGAGUGAGAGAUGCGCACCAUCUUCUUGUUGUUGCUGUUCAGCGUUGACGUUUUCGCCUUUUUCUGGAAAUUUCCGAGAAAUAGUCGCCACACUAGAGAUGACAGUUUUGAAAACACUGCCGGUAUUACCAGUAGAAUGUUUGUAACGUUAUUAGGAUAUCCUCCAAAAUGUGAACAAAAAGGUAUUUCGCAUUCUUGCACUUUAUCCUUUGCUUGCUGGUUAGUGGGAGGAUCGAGCCAGCCAGGAUGUGGAGCCAAUCCUUGGAUUGUAGCUUGCUGCGUUACAUCGCAAAAAGUUUUAAACCGAAAAAAUGACAUUCAACAACUUCAGGUAAGAGAGGACAGUUUAAUUCUGCCAGUCCUGCAAAAGCGCAUCGAUGAUUUGGGCGAAGAAUGCGGAUUAUCUGCUGACAGAAUGUUAAUGAAACGUAUAAUUGGAGGCGACGAAGCGAAAUUUGCACAGUUUCCAUGGCAAGCAUUCAUUAAAAUAUCCUCGUAUCAAUGCGGUGGCGUUUUAGUUUCGCGAAAAUUUGUAGCAACGGCUGCUCACUGUAUCAUUACAGCGCGGCUUAAAGACACUUUGGUUUAUUUAGGAGAACUAGAUACACAGGACACUGGCAAAGUAAAGGAAUUAGAACCGGCUGAAUUACAUAGGGUUCGUCGACGAAUAAUCCACCCCAACUUCCAGUUUCGCACGACCCAGCCUGACCGCUACGACCUCGCCCUGCUGGAACUAAUCACCGAGGCGGGCUAUUCGUACCACAUCUCUCCCAUCUGUCUCCCUACCAGCGACAUGGUUCUGACCGGGCGAAACGCCGUGGUGGCGGGCUGGGGCAAAAUCCAGCCUUCCAACGAGCUCAUGGGCACAAACGUCCUUCGCAGCGCCACCGUGCCAAUCUUAGACAUUCGCGAGUGCAUGGCUUGGCACGAGAUCAAGCAAAUUUCCGUCGAACUGCACGAGGAGAUGCUGUGCGCCGGUCACGAAUCCGGAAAACACGACGCUUGUCUGGGCGAUUCCGGGGGACCGUUGAUCGUGCUGGAAAACGGGAGGUGGACGCUGGCAGGGAUCACCAGCGCCGGAUUCGGCUGUGGAGAGCCUCAUCAGCCCGGAAUUUAUCAUAAAAUCCCGGUGACAGCUGACUGGAUCCGAUCUGUUAUUAGGUUGUUAUAGUGAAAUAUUGAGAUCGGCUGGAUUUCGAUGUUAUGGCCUGUCCGGCGGCAUUUCCCGAAGAUUGAUGGGAUUUCGGGGUUCAUUAAUUCUAGUGAGAGCUAAACUUUAGUGUGUGGAGAUUAAAUUGCCGUGCAAAUUGAAAUUGGCAUUAUUUCAUAUUAACGGGUCUAUAGUGCAUUUAAUUUUAGGAGCAAUUUCAUUAAUAUUUAAUAUACGCUUCAACGUAGGCUGUCAAUAUUUAUUACUACUUACAAAAAUACUCAUUAAAUAACGUAAAUUAUGUUUUAUUGUUGUAAUAUUUAAGAUAAAUUUAUUCCAUCAAUUUCAUUUGAAUGAAAAAUGUGAUAUGUAUUAAGUAAUUUACUGUAAUCGUAUUGUAUGGAGUUCAGGAAAUAUAGUAAGCGAAUAUUUCAAAAUUCUCUUCAUUUUAUAAAGCUUUGAUUUUUAUUUAGAUUAACUAAAGAACGUUAACAAAAACAAAUACUUUUCACAAUCUGCCGUUUUUAUUGUAACACGUGAAAAUAAAAAAUACGCAUUAUUAAUUACAGAAUUUAGAAAUAGCAGUUAUUUUUUACAUCUUUUAUUAAACAAUUUUAUUUAACAACCAGAAUAUGCAUUCAAGCAAAAUUGUGGAAAUUUGACAGUUUCAAACCUCGCCGAUGUAAAAU